AUUUUGCACUACCACCACCAUGACAUUGACUCUCCGGUACAUCGGCAACUUUCGGUGUCUACCACUCUCAAGACGAUGCCUGUCCACUGUCGAAGCUGGCAUCGAGCGACCUGAUCAGUAUUGUGCCGACUUGGUCCGCAAAAAGGACUACGAAUCUUUUCUUGUGUCGCCUUUCUACCCGACAGAACUGCGGCCCGCCUAUUUUGCCCUUAAAGCCUUUUCUGUGGAGUUGGCAACGGUGCAGGACAACGUCUCGAAUCCCAUGAUUGGCCAAAUGCGAAUGCAGUUUUGGCGGGAUGCUAUCAAAAGUUUCUCUGAUGGCAGUCCUCCCCGGCAUCCAAUUGCUCUGGCCUUGUAUGAUGCUUGCCAAAGGGCGCACCUACCUGCAUACCACCUCAAACGUAUAAUUGACGCGCGUGAAGCUGAGCUGUAUACUUCGGUCCACCUAACAACCGAUUCUCUGACGGCCCAUGCGGAGGCGACCUCUUCCACACUGUUGUAUCUUCUGCUUUCGCUAUUUUCGGCCUCCUCCUCAUCUACUCUGUCACAUGCCGCGUCUCACCUGGGCAUCUCCCAAACCCUCGCCACGCUCUUACGAGCACUCCCCUUCCAUGCCGCAAACAGUAGGAUGAUCAUACCAGCAGAGAUCACUGCAAAGCACGGGGUCGUACAGGAGGAUGUGUUUCGCAAGGGUGGCGAUGCACGGGGUAUCGAGGAUGCGGUGUUUGAGCUGGCUACUUUAGCCAAUGACCAUCUCCAGACUGCCCGAGGCGUGUUCAAGGACAACGAAUUUGAAGGUAAAGUCCCCCGGGCGGUGAUGCCGGUCUUUAUGGCAGGAACACCUGUCGCGAACAUCCUCGGUCGGCUCGAGAUGGCAAACUUUAACGCUUUUGAACCAAGACUGCAAGUGAAAGACUGGAAACUACCAUGGAGAGUAUGGAAAAGCUACUUUGUCCGAAUGUUUUGAAUAGAUUCAACUCUGAGAAUAUCGCGAGAAAGGAAAAAUGAAG